AUGGCUGGAAUCGCUGAUGGAUCAGAUCAACUAGUGCCAGGGCGGGUUAUUACAUGUAUAACACGAAACGAUGAACAGUUCUCUGGUGCCAUCAUUGCUGCUGAUCCCUUUAGUUCUAUUGUGAUGAUAAAGUGCAGCAACAGCAAAGUUGUGUUGGUGAACUUGCGACAAAUCAAGUCUCUUCAAAUCGAAGACAAAACAGAGCCCAUUCCAGAAAUUCCAAAAAAAUUCGCCGUUGCCAAGUUGGAGCAGCGUCUUUUGGGCAAUGUUAAAGAGAAAAUGAACUUGGCGCAAGAAGAUGGUCACGAGAAACACCCUCUUGGCGCUAAGAUCAUACAGAAAAUCAACCGUAUUCUGGAAUGUAAAUGGGAAGGCAAGAAUAUCGUUGUAAUGACUGCUGGUAUUGAAAUUCGGCCACCGUUCAACGAGGCCAACGUGUUCAUACGCAAAGGAGGAAACAAACAGGGAAAGGAGCGUAUUCAGAAGUUACUCUCCAAAUUUCACGAAGAAGAGAAGUCGUCGUGUAUGCACUAG